AUGGCUGUUCUUUCUCUUCUCACAGUGGCUCUGGCCCUUUCUUCCCCGGCCAUGGCCCGGCCUCGCCCACAAUUCAACAAUGGAGGUGAUGCUCAAACACCCGGUGCUGGUUUGGGCGGUGGUCUCAUCCCUACUGUCCUCCCUGGUGCCGGUGCUACUGAGACCGCUGGUGGUGGUCUCGGCGGUGCCCUUCCCACUGGUGGUCUCGGCGGUUUGUUGCCUGGUGCCGGUGGUGCCGCUCCGGACGGUGAGACCAUACGCGACAAGAUCGAAAAAUUCCUUACCGAUCUUCUCGGAGGUGGUGACAAUAACGCUGACCCUCCUGCCGCCGCCCCAACAGGCGGAGCCGGCGACGGUGCCAGCACUGCUACUCCUGUCGCCACCCCCGGCAGCGGCGAUGCUGGAGCCGACAAGCCUCCUCUCUUGACCCCUGGCAGAAAUAACGCCGGUGGUGCCAUUCCUACUUUCGUUGCUGGACCUGGCGCAGGUUUCGGAAACGGUGGAAACGAUAAUACCUCUGAAGAUCCUGUUGCCCCUACUCUCAUCCCUUCUCCGGGCAGUGGUCUUGAUGGCCCUGGCACUGCUCCUGGCGCUGUUAUUCCCACGUUUGUUGCUGGACCCGGUCAAGGCUUCGGAGACGGUGAGACCCCCACGCCCGGGACUGGUGCUGGUAACAGCAACGACAACGCUUCUGAUGCUCCCCAAACCCCUACGCAGACACCUGGUAGCGGCAGUGGCACUCUGCCUACCGAUGGCCUGGCCGCUCCUAGCGGUGCUAUCCCUACCUUUGUUGCUGGACCAGGUAACGGCUUCGGCGAGGGUGGCAACGCCCCUACUACACCUGGAUCUGGCAACGGCAACGGCAACGAUAGCGACAACACUUCUGACACCCCCACCCAGACACCUGGCAGUGGCAGCGGAACUCGACCUGGCGGUGAUCUGGCUGCACCCAGUGGUGCUAUUCCCACCUUUGUUGCUGGACCAGGUAACGGCUUCGGCGAGGGUGGCAAUGCGCCUGCUACACCUGGAUCUGGACUCGGCGGCGGCAACGAUGACUCCAACGAUGCUCCCGAGACUCCAGGUCGCGGCAGCGGCAGAGGAGGCCUCCUUGAUGGCCUGCUUCAACCCGGAAGCGGAAGCCAGACUGACUCCAACAUUCCCACUUUCGUUGCUGGCCCCGGUAAGGGCCUUGGCCGCAGGGGUCAGAACAGCGGCCUUCAAAGGCGCGCUCGUCGCUCUUAA